AUGGCAAGAACGUCUGCAUCACCUCAUCACACCCCAUCUCGACCAGCCUCCCGUCACUCUACUCGAAUCAUAACCCCCAUCCGUUCCAAUUCAAACUAUGUUCGGUCCAACGUCAAAUCCCGCAAAUCAAUCUUGGUACCGCCUACUCCUACCCAAAAUGCCAGUCGAGAUUGCAAUAUUCAGAUUGACAGUCAAGAUCCCGAUAUUCAGAUCGACCCGGCUGGCCAAAGUCAAACUCAGAGCACCCAGUCCCGACAAUCUCAACUACAACCCAGCAAAAAGACUUCAACCAAACAAAAGCAGAAACCACCAACCAAGCGGAAGCGAAGCAAGAAAACUGUCAACAGCAAUGAAGAAUCGGACUCAGACGAAUCUGGUGAUAAUCCGAUUGAUCACGUUCAGGACUCAGAUGCCGAGAAUUCAAAAGCUCAAUAUCAAGAAAUCGACUCAAUUUGA